AUGGUCCAAUCUCAGUCAGAAAAACUUGAUUUGCUCCUCGAGAGGACCGGAGGCAACAGGGGUUUAUCAAAUAAGAGGCUCCUCAGAGAAGUUGAGGAGCAUAUACCUUUCAGCAUAACACAACACUCUGUGGCCAUAUCAUACAAGCAAUUGCUUCCAUUUUUCCGUGGUCCUACCGGAAUGACCUUCUAUGGGCCUGCAGUAGGCAUGAUUGGCAGUGGGAUCGGGAGCACAGAACAAGAGACAUACUCAACUCUGGAUGGCGAGAUUAUCAUUGAACGUGACUGCGAAAAUAAUCAAGACAUUUUAAAUAACCAGCCUUCGACGGCAACGACGGCAAACCCCCAGAACGACUCGCUCUUGAACUCCUUGGAGGAGAUGGAUGGAGAAAUGGCGGUCCAUCUAGUGCACCUUUAUGAUAGCUUAGUGGGCGUGACACAUCCUAUUUUAUCUAUUGGUACUUUGAUGCGACAUGUCAGAAGACUCUAUCCUACUCUAGCAGCAGAGUCGCAUUCGCUCGAUCAGGAUGCCUUGGUGGAUCAAAUGAGCCGCAGUGACCUCAAUGUCAUCAAGAUGGUGUUUGCUAUUGCUAUGGCUAUGGAGGGCAGUGAUCAUGAAGAUAUAGCCGAAAAACUAUAUGCGAGUAUACAACACGAUGUAGGCAAUACGAUCUGGGCUGCCACUGCAGAAAUCGGCGACCUGCAUGUCCUGAUAUUAGUCAGUAUAUAUCAUUCAGUCAAGAGCAAUCCGAGGCUCGCCUGGCGUAUUGCUGGCAACCUUACUCGUCUGAUCCUUGAAUUUGGACUUCAUAAAAGCAAAGUGAUGAUGAGCAUGUUUAAGGAACCGGGUCAAUAUAACACGGCAAUAAACAUGUUUUGGACGGCUUUUGUUCUUGAUUGCCAGCUCAGCUAUUCUUUUGGUCUACCAAGGCAUAUACAAGAUAAAGAUGUUGACAAUAGUAUCCCCUUACCGGGUAAUUCUCCUUAUUUAACAGCCAUGGCCGAUUAUUGUCGCCUGGGUUCCAGAAUAUGCGAAUCCAUUUCCAAUGUCUUUGGUGACUUGUCGCAUUAUGCUCAAGAAUGGCGAGAAUCAUUCGAAUUCUUUCAGUGCCAUCUCAACCAAUGGCAAGAGAGACAUGUUUCUGAAGUACUGGAGUCUAAUAUUGAAGAAGCCGAUGCUAAAAGGACCCGCCAUGUCCAUACACUGCUCUACUUGAGAGCUAAUCAGCUACGCCUCAUACUAAUUCGACCGGCACUUUACUCUCUCCGAUUGCAAGAAGCUGCUAACUUGGACUUGUGGGCGAUGGCUAUCAACAUCGCAUGCGACAGUAUUCAGAUCCUGCUAGACUUGUUUACUGGGACCGACAUAUACAAAUUGCAGCAAAUGCAAUACAACUAUUUCCUAACCACGGCGCUUGGGACAUUGUUAGGUGUACUGUCUCAAGAGCAAUCAUCGUCUCUCACGACGGGAAAAGUGGACAGUGAUAUCGUUACCAAGGCGCGUGAAUUUGUUGCAGUCGCAUUGAAUCUCCUUAAGUCAACCACUAUAUCCUCAAAGCCAUUGAAACUCCAAUAUGCAAAGGUCUUUUCUCUCUGCAAUCGACUUGGUCUCCUACCCAUGGCGCCUUCCGAUACUCCUAACCCGGUUUUAGACAACUUUGACAUCAGCUUAUUUCAGGAUGUAGAUGGCGAUGUCGACUUGUCUCAUUUUCUGUUACCAGAAUAUGAAUUAGGGCCCAUGUGGGCAGAUCCAGACACUGCCUAG